GGACAAGAAAAUUGUCCAGCCACCAAGUAAGAUUCACAGACAAACGUACAUCAAUGCCUUACCAGGGAAAUAUACCGAGUUUAAUGGAAGGGAUGUUGGGAAGUUUUACACAAUAUGGAAUCAGCCAUUUGAUGAACCACCAAUGAGAAGUGGUGUUGGAAUACAGAAAGUUCAGGACUCUUGGGCACAAUGGGAAAGUGAAGGUUCCUCUGAUGAUGAGCAGGAUUUUGGGGUUGUAAGGAAGAAUUCUUUGAGUAAAGGUUUUCGUGUUCGUUUGGAACCGCUACUAGAGGGAUGUAAGGAAGUGUUUUCUGAUGAUGAAUCCAGCACAGACUCGGGAGUUGCUCUCUCCGCCUGGUCGUAUUGUUUUCCAGUCCACGAAGGAUCUCAAACUCUGGUCACUAGUUACGAAUGUUCUAAUCACAGUGCUUUGUGGGAAGCAUCCAGCUUAGAUAAAGAUGACUCGGAUUAUAUGACAUCUGAAGACGAUGUCGAUUUUACGUACCUGAAGAAAUCCACGGAAGAUAUGAUGUCUCGUUGGAUUGAAGAGGAAGACCAAAGAUUUAGGAACACAUCUGGUGCGAGACCAGAAUCUGAAAACUCUAAAAUCACGGGAACAUCUCUCUACACAUCGGUAGGAGACAAAAUGUUAUAUUCCAACAAGAAUUCUACUUCUGAGGUGAGAAUCUUCCUUAUAAUAAAGUCAGAUGAAUGUUUGGAUUGUACGAAAGUGCCUGGGGUGAUCAAACUAAAGCUUGAUAAGGGAUCUAGGAAGAGUAAAGAUCUGAGGGAAGCGGGAGUGUAA